CUUCGCGCGAUCAAAACAAACCACCGGCAAAAAUGCACAUAAUUUUACCAAAAGCAGCUCCCGGCAAGUAUUUUGUGUGAUGGUGUAAUGAAUAUCUUCUGCUAAAGUUCACUCAAGAAAAGGCACCACUGCCCUCCACAAGUGUUUUUCAACAUCAACAUGAAGUUGGUCCGAAAGAACGUCGACAAAUCGGGCGAUGGGAGCGUUACGCUCGUACCCGAAGAACCGGAGGAUAUGUGGCAUGCGUACAAUCUAAUCGCCGAAGGUGACCAAGUUCGUAGCAGCACUAUUCGGAAGGUGCAAAAUGAAUCCUCAACUGGAUCGUCCAGCAGCAGCCGUGUCCGGACGACUCUUACCAUAAGCGUUGAAACGAUCGACUUUGAUACACAGGCGCAAAUGCUCCGCCUCAAAGGACGUAACAUCGAGGAAAACCAAUUCGUAAAGAUGGGUGCCUACCAUACGAUUGAUCUUGAGAUGAACCGCUCUUUUACGCUCAUGAAACCUGAAUGGGACUCGAUCGCACUGGAACGCAUCGAAAUGGCCUGUGACGUGACACAGAAUGCCGACGUGGCGGCCGUUAUCAUGCAGGAUGGACUGGCCCAUGUCUGUCUGAUCACGUCCAGCAUGACGCUGGUGCGUAGCAAGAUCGACGUGGCUAUCCCGCGCAAACGCAAGGGAAACGUUCAGCAGCACGAGAAAGGUUUGGCAAAGUUCUACGACGCGGUAAUGCAGGGCAUCCUGCGUCAUGUGAACUUUGACGUGGUGAAGUGCAUCCUGGUCGCAUCACCCGGUUUUGUGAAGGAUCAGUUCUACGAAUAUAUGUUCCAACAGGCUGUUAAGACUGACAACAAGGUGCUUAUAGAUAAUAAAAGUAAAUUCAUGCUCGUUCACUCGUCGUCUGGAUUUAAACACUCUCUAAAAGAGGUACUACAAGAUCCGGCUGUGAUUGCAAAAAUGUCCGACACAAAGGCAGCCGGCGAGGUGAAAGCGCUGGAAAACUUCUACACCACGCUGCAGCUCGAGCCGUCGAAGGCUUUCUAUGGCAAGAAGCACGUCUGCAAGGCAGCCGAGGCGCAGGCAAUCGAAAUGUUGCUAAUUUCGGACAAUCUGUUCAGAUGCCAGGAUGUAGCCACGCGCAAGGGAUACGUUCAGCUGGUAGAAUCGGUCCGCGAAUCCGGUGGCGAAGUGAAGAUAUUCUCCAGCAUGCACAUCUCCGGGGAGCAGCUGGCUCAACUCACCGGCGUUGCGGCGAUCCUGCGCUUCCCGAUGCCCGAGCUCGAGGAUAGCGAAGACGAAGAGGACAGCGACGGAUCGCAAGCAGAAUGAAGGUGCAUCUCCCCCGCGCUGUGUUGUUGUAUGUUCCGUGUGUGUGAAAUUUUUAUGUGAGUGCUGGGAAACGUGUAAUUUCGAACGAAAGAUAUUUUGAAGGUUUCGUGGAUUGAUAGUGAACUAGUUGAAAAUUUCACACCAAGGUGGACAAGGACGACCUCCUUAGCUUAGCUUCUUACCUCCAGAUACGAUCUGUUUUUUACCCUUUUGAACUGUUGGAUUUUUCUAAAAUUCCGGUUACACUCAUCGAUAACGCGAAGAGAAAUUAUUGUUUACCAUUCGUUUUACAAAACCAAUAUCUGAUAGUUGAUUAGCUAUCGAGACAAUAAAAAAAAAUAUAGGAAAUGCUUAUCUGUCCAGGUA